AUGGACAAAUACCAGAUUCGUAACAUCGUCGGCAUUAUCGGCAAUUUCAUCUCCUUCGGCUUGUUUCUCUCCCCCUGGCCGACGUUCAUGACGAUAUUGAGGAAUAUGGCGGUGGAGCAGUUCUCCCCAUUCCCGUACCUGGCGACUUUCCUCAACUGUGCGUUGUGGGUCAUCUACGGCCUCCCCUCGGUCCACCCCAACGCCCUCCACGUCUUGAGCAUCAACGCCGUCGGCAUCGCCUUCGAGACCAUCUACCUCGCCAUCUUCUUCCUCUACUCCCCCAGACCACUCCGCCUCAAAGUCGUCAAGAUCUUGCUGGCGGAGCUGGCCUUGAUUGCGACGGUGGUGGCGGUGGUCCUCACGACGGCGCACACCCACGAGCGCCGCUCCCUCAUCGUCGGCAUCCUCUGCGUCAUCUUCGGCACCUGCAUGUACGCCGCCCCGCUCUCCAUCAUGAAACUGGUGAUCCAGACCAGGAGCGUCAAGUACAUGCCCUUCACCCUCUCGUUGGCCGGCUUCCUCAACGGCGUCUCCUGGACCACCUACGCCAUCCUUGGUCGCUUCGAUAUCUUCAUCAUCAUACCGAAUGGGAUGGGUUUGCUGUUCGGGCUGAUACAGCUGAUCUUGUACGCCACCUACUGUUGGAGCACCCCAGAGGAAGACUCCACGUCCGAGGCCCGGCUCACGGCCGUCUAA